UAGUACUCUGAUGUUUGGCCAGCACUAAUUUUUGUUGGUGAAAUCAAGAAAAAUCUACAAGUGAAAAAUGACUGGACGCGGAAAGGGAGGCAAAGGACUAGGAAAGGGGGGCGCCAAGCGCCAUCGCAAGGUUUUGCGUGAUAACAUCCAGGGCAUCACCAAGCCGGCCAUUCGCCGCUUGGCCCGCCGCGGGGGCGUGAAGCGUAUUUCGGGAUUGAUUUACGAGGAGACGCGCGGUGUCCUCAAGGUAUUCCUUGAGAACGUGAUCCGUGAUGCCGUCACCUAUACUGAGCACGCCAAGCGCAAGACUGUGACCGCCAUGGACGUGGUCUACGCUCUCAAGCGCCAGGGACGCACCCUCUACGGCUUUGGAGGUUAAGAGGUUCGCAGAGGACUCUCCGGGUCCACCACCUGAACCAUAUAUAACCAAUUGGUCGCUCUUCAAAUCAAUAUUAAAAAACUUAUCCAAUAAUGUAACCACGCAUAUUCCACUUCAACUCAAAUUAAGGUCUUGCACAAAUAAAGCAAACAAUAUUCAAGUAGAGCACAA